AGCAGAUAGUUAAUGAUGUAACUGAAUCUUGAGAUAAGAACAAACCUCUGGCAGUUAUAUAUUGGCUGGAUUGUGGCUCGUACCAAAUUUGAGCUGAGUUUUCGAGUAAUCGCGCCCGGAAAGCGGUGCAAAGCACAGACUGUAUCUGGUAAAAUGGCCGUUGAUUUUCGCAGUCUUCAUACAGCGGGGACCCUACUCCUCAUUACCGGCUUUCUCUGGAGAGGAGCUGAGGGCGGGAAUCUUUUAGUGGUGCCUGUGGAUGGAAGUCACUGGUUAAACCUGAAGAUUCUUAUGGAUGAGCUUGGGAAAAGAGGCCACAACGUGGUCGUGGUUGUGCCCGAAGUGAACAUGAAGAUGGGCCCGUCUUCCCACUACACCACAAAGAUUUACCCUGUUCCGUAUGGCAGUAAAGAAUUGGACAAAACGACACCAACGAUUGUAACCAACAUGUCGUUGUUCCAAAGAGUCGCCGGUAUUUUUCGAAAGGUGGGGGCACUUCGCGACCUCACCCUGACCACCUGUGAGAGUUUGCUGUACAACGGGGAGAUGAUGCGGGAGCUGGCCGAGGGAAAAUUCGACGCUCUGCUGACCGACCCCUUCAUCCCGUGCGGCGCGAUCAUUGCCGACUACCUUUCUCUCCCCGUCGUGAACCUACUGCGAGGGCUCCCUUGCGGCUUGGAUUAUUUAGCCACUAAAUGUCCCAGACCACUCUCGUACGUGCCCAGGUUUUUCACCAACAACUCCGAUCGAAUGACCUUUCUCCAAAGGGUAAAAAACUUCCUGGCCAGUCUCUGCGAACCGUGGCUAUGCCAUUUUCUAUAUUCACCGUUUGAAGAUUUGGCCAUUAGGUUCCUCCAGAGAGAUGUGACCCUGGUCCAGCUACUGAGUCAGUCUUCUAUCUGGCUGCUGCGGUACGACUUCAUCCUGGAGUACCCCAGACCCCUGAUGCCAAACAUGAUCCUUGUUGGGGGCAUCAACUGUAAGGAGAAGAAACCCUUGCCUCAGGAGCUGGAAGAAUUUGUAAAUAGUUCUGGAGAGCAUGGGGUUGUGAUCUUUACCCUUGGUUCAAUGGUAUCAGAAAUUCCACUUGAAAUAGCCAAUCGCAUUGCAAGUGCAUUUGGGCAAAUCCCUCAGAAGGUCCUGUGGAAAUAUACUGGAGAGGUGCCCACUACACUGUCACCGAAUACAAAGCUAGUAAAAUGGUUACCACAGAAUGAUUUACUUGGACAUCCUAAAACACGAGCCUUCAUCACCCAUGGAGGGACCAAUGGUAUCUAUGAGGCUAUCUGCAAUGGUGUGCCAUCUGUUAUGCUACCACUAUUUGGGGAUCAAGGAUAUAAUGUACAACACAUGGUCAAUCAUGGUGCUGGUAUCCAACUGGAUAUAGAAAAUAUGAACUCUCAUGAUCUAGUAAAUGCUUUAAAUACAGUUAUCAAUGAUAAGAGGUACAAAGAAACCAUGAUGACAUUAUCGGCAUUGCACAACGAUCGGUUAUCUGAGCCGAUCAACGUCUCAGUCCAUUGGGUGGAAUUUGUGAUGAAGCACAAAGGGGCAGAACACUUGCGUACUGCAGCACACAACCUUAACUGGAUCCAGUACCACUGUCUAGAUGUCAUUGGUGUGCUGCUUGUCACUUGGGUGGCUUUCGUAUACUUAAUAUCUAAAUGUUGCUCAUUAUGCUGCAGGAGGUACUUGUGUGGAGACAGGAAAUCGAGGAAGAGAAAAUCAGAGUGAGGUAGACAAUAAUCAUUUUUUAAGUAUUUGAAGAUUUAGUUUGCCUUUAUUACUGGUUAAAAGGUAACUCAGUCCAUGAGAAAAGAAGUCUGCUUAUUCCUCCCAGUUCACUAAUGAUGGGUAUUGAUUUGUUUGGAUGAGGGGAAUAGAAGAUGCAUGGGGAAAGAAAUUGUCAGGGUGAUGGCAGGAGUGGUGACUGAGGGAAGUCAUUUCAAGUAUCAAGAUUAUCUUAGUUCUUUUUGGAUUUUAUCAUUUCUGUUCGACCUAGCUACUAUGGGAAUGAGCUGGAUGAAUUAAAGGAUCUGGGUUUUUUUUGUGAUUGUUAAUUUUUGACAUUAUAUAUUUCAUGAGUUGAUGCAUUAAAAGAAUUUGGAAAGUGGA